AUGGCCACUGAUCAGCAGCAAAUCACUCUCAAAGUCUUUGUGAACAAGACCAACAACUGCGUAGCUUUUGGCGAAUCGGACUUGGAUUUCGUGGAUGUUCUCCUCAGCUUCCUCACGUUGCCAGUCGGCACCGUCGUCCGUCUUCUCAACAAGCAGUCCUCCUUGGGUUGCUUCGAUAAGCUUUACCAAAGCGUUGAGCAGCUCGAUGAGAAGUAUCUGAUGACGGCUGCGUGCAAGUCGAUGUUGACAAACCCAGUGAACUCAUCUGGAAUAAAAUGCCAGAAACUUAAGAUUAAUAUUGAUGCAACGGGAGAGCUAUAUAUAUGCUCAUCUUCUUGCUGCUCUUAUAGUUCGCUGAGCUAUUACUCAGGGCUCAAAUGUCAGUGUGGUUAUGACAUGACGAAGGCAAUUACAUAUGAUCUGAAUCGAGACGAUGUUAAUUAUAAAGAAUUUCAUGGCGUAUUCGUCAAAGGGGCUAAAUUUGUUGUUACAGAUGCUCUUUGUAUAACUGUCAUUGAGGACUUCAUUUCGACUUUAAAUGAGUGUCGCAAUGGUGAUCGUAAUCAUCUCGAAGAAAGAUUGGUACAGAUCGAACGAGAACAGGUCUUGAGUAUUCUUAAAAGGUCCCUCAUUUCCGACACUCCGCUAACUGAUGUUUUAUUGCAAAAUGAAGAAGACAUGACGCCAGAGGUUUCAGUCCCUUCGGUUGAAAAAACGGUUGAAAUAAAGUCGUUUGAUGAGGAGAAGAUGUACAAGGUGUUGUGUGCUUUGGCGAGUCAGGAUUUCGUUGAUUUAAUUUUCAGUUUUCUCACAUUUCCUUUGGGUUCUCUGAAGAAGCACUUGGGCAAUCGAUGCCGGAUUGGAUGUCUUGAUAACUUGUAUGGUAGUGCAGAGCGUUUGCGGUCGUCAGGUUACGUGGUUGCAGGCUGCGAAGAGAAACUGCUUAAUCCUAAGCUUCCUCCACAUUUCAACUGCGAGAGUCAAGUCAUUGGAGUGGAGGAGGAGAAGCAAGUUAUCUAUUAUAUAUGCUACUACUGCUGCAAACUAAGCGACACUUUCUGCAAAUCGCAUGGCCAUGGACGUCAGGCAAAACUUAUAGACCCGAAAAGUAGAUCCAGAGGAACAAUUUCUUCACAAGGAAGCUAUUGUCAGGAAUUAACGUACAUGGUUACCGACCAACUCGUAGUCACCCCACUAUCCCUCGCUGAAGUCAUUUCAGUCCGCAAUGAAAUCUCUGAUCCAAUCAAGAUGGCAGAGUUGAGCAUAGCUGAAGAGGAGGUUCUUGAUUUUCUUGGUGUUGUUUUGACGUCCAACACAGCGUUAACAGACGCCUUCUUAGAAAGUACUAUUGCUGUGUUCGCUUCGGUGGACGUACGAGAAGGGUGA